AGAUAAGAAGCAAGCUCCUCCGUCCAUUGCUUCCCCCAGCCGCGCAUCAUCCAUCCAUCCAUCCGUUCCACUCUCCUUCCUUCCUUUCCACUACACCAUGGCGCUCAUGCUCAGCCCGGCCGCGACCUUCCUCCCCGUCGCCGGCAAGCCCGCCGCCGCCAUGCGGAACCUCCUCUUCGGCACCAGCAGCAAGGGAAGAAGCGUUCGCAAGGUGGUGGCGAUGGCGGACAUCCUGGGCGACUUCGGGGCGCGGGACCCGUUCCCGGAGGAGAUCGCGAGCAACUUCGGGGAGAAGACGCUGGGCAACGUGGACACGCUGCACCGCAUCCUCAUUCCCACGCUCUCCGUGCUCUCGCUCUCCCGCGUGCCGCUCGACGCCGACCCCGCGCCGCUCUCCGAGGAGGACGCCCGCAAGCUGCUCUUCAAGGUGGUCGGAUGGCGGCUCCUCUUCCCCAGCAAGGGCGACUCCGACGUGCUCAAGCUCGAGUGCGUCUGGAAGGUCCGCGACCAGGCCUGCGGCGACGAGCUCAUCGCCAGGAUCAACAAGACCCUCGACGGCGCCGGCCAUGCCCCCGCCGCGCUCCAGUUCGAGGCGCCCAACCAAGUCAGGGCCCAGCUCUACACGCCCUCCGUAGGUGGGCUGAGCGCCAACGACUUCAUCAUCGCCGCGAGGAUCGACCAGAUCAAGACCAAAGAUCUUCUCCCAAAGAAGAGGGUCUGGGCAUGCUAAUAAUCACUGCCAUCUUGUUCCUCUUUGCAUACAUACCUGGACACAGUUUUGUUUCAUGGAAUGGAAGCCAACCUAUCCACCAUUGUAGCUCUACCCCUAGUGUUUAAUGACGAUGAUGAUGAUGCCAUCGCCAUUUUGCCAAUCAAAUCAAAUGAUUUCUCAA